AUGGCUUCGUCUCUCGCCCAGCAGCUCGCCAAGGGGGCGUCCCUCAACGCCAACCUCCUUAACGAAAAGUCUCGCAAGCAGGCCGCCUCCGAGUCCUACCUCUUCUCCGCCAAGGAGGCUAGGCAGCACGAUAUUGACUCUUUGCACGCCCUUGGUGUCAAUGGCUUUCUGCAGCUCAAGUCCCUGCAGCCCGACAUCGCGCGUUUCGAGCAGACCUUGUUCUCGGACACAGCCAAGUCACUAGACAGGACUCUCCUGCCGAAGGAGAUGAAUGCUCAGCUUGACGCUACCAUCUCCGCCUUUCUGCCUUUGCUGGGGCCCUUCCUCUUGGAUGCGCCGUCAGGGAAGGUAUUGGAAUGGCUGGUCCGCAGAUUUAGGAUUCACGAGUUCAAUAUCCCCUCCAUCGUCUCUCUCUUCCUGCCCUAUCAUGAGACCCCACAUUUCGUCAAGAUGGUCUCCAUUCUCCACAUCUCCGACACCUCUUCCCUCCGUUUCCUCCAAGCAUACAAGGCCACCGCCAAGCCCCUACACCGACCGCUUCUCAUUAACGACAUGAUCACGAAGCCAGAAGUAGCGCGAUUUGUCUCCAGCGUUUUUCCGACUAUACUCAAGGAACACGGCGCCGGCGUGCACCGUGCCCUCAUCGCGUUCCACACCGGCGUGUUGCUCGAGUACGUCGCGAAAUCGAAAACACUUGAUGAAAACGCGAUGGCGCUCCUCCUACCUGCCGCUAUGGAGCCUGUGGAGAGCGCGAGCUCCGCUCAGAGCGAGGUCAAACAUGCUCUGUUGCAAGAGUCCAUCCUGGGAAGCUACCUGAUCCUCGCCGCGAUCUCGCAGAAGGCGCGCCUCACCUCCAAGGCGACCAAGACGAUCCUUGCUGCCGUCGUCGGCUGCGCGGAACGCGUCUCGCCGAAGCAGCUCACCCGUACUCUCGUUUCGAUAUGUGCACCCCAGGACCAGCUUGAGAAGCUGUCAGGAAGGGUGGUGAAGACCAUUGUCGCCAUUCCUGGGAUUAGCGCAGAAAUCGUCGGGGCGAUGGCGUGGGCUGGUGCCGAGAAGUUCAUCAGUCCGUUCAUCGAGAGCGUCUUAUCACGCGUCGACGAUGCGUCGGCAUCAGAAGUGGCGGAGGCCGUUUUGACUUCGUCUAGUCUGCUUCCAUCGGUCGCGGGUUCUGCAGCAGCCUCCCUCCUGCGCCGUCUUGUCGGUGAAGAGUCAGCGGACACUACUCCCACCUGGAGACAGUUACUGUCACAACUUCACCAGCGCCACCCGAAAUCUAUCCAAGCCGCAUCGCGUGCCCUAGUUGAAGAGGACGAAGAGUGUCGUGAUGCUAUCGAGCAAAUUGUCCUGUCGUUGGCCGUGUCCGUCACAGGUACCGCCACGGCUGACGCAGAGACGGCUUCUCUGUUCGUCGGGUCGUCGGACGCGGACGUGAACGUCCGCGCCAAGGCCGUGCGCGAUCUCGUCUUGCGACUCGCGGAAGAUAGCAUUCCCGAGAUGGAAGUGCAGUCUGUCGCAUCGGCCCUGCUGCUUCGCGUCCACGACACCUCCGCGUCUGUCCUACAAGCGCUCUACACAACCUCGCCCGAGAACACAGCGAACGCCCUCCUAGCUGCGUCGCCGGGAACAGGGUCGGUGUACCUCGAUGCGCUCAAGCAGGCCCUCAACGGCAUGUCCGUGAAGCCAUCGCGAGACGUCACCCGGGCGCACCUCACGUUCCUCCUCACACACUUCCUCCCCGCCGCUUCGCGCGCCUCUGCAGGCGCAGGAGAGGAGCAGGAAGAGGGGGAGUCAGAAGAGAGUCGCGAGCGCUCUCGUCACGUAUUCAUGGACAUCCUUCUGCCAUUCUUGCUGUACUCGAAGCCGCGCCUUAAAACGGCACAAGCGGUCUGGGGGAUACUAGAAGCAGCCGAAGAGAACGCAUCGAAGGGGUUCGCGUUCGAGUUGCUCGGCGGGUGUGUGGAGGCUGUGAGGUGGGAGCAGGCGCGGCCUGGUGCGGACAAGGAGGGCUCUGAUCCGCAGUUGCUGACGAAGAUUAACUUGGCUGUUGCGGCGAAGAUAGCAGACAACAUACUUGCGUCGAACUACUUUCACGCACACCUCGACCUCCUUCUCACCAAGCUUCGCGAUGAGAACUCUCACGCGCGUGCCUUGAGCUACCUUGUCACCCGCGCUCUCCUCAGUCGCCUGAGCGACGAGCAACGGAUCGAUGCUGGUCACCGCGUGCUGGACGCUAUGCAGCUGGACGCGCUGGAGGGCAUGGGCGACUUCAUGCACGGUAUCGUCGAUGUUGGACAAUUCCUCGAUGACGCGAGCGUCAGCUCCGCCGUCGUUCUCAAGCCCAGCAGCCAGAACACCCUCCACCGCCUCCAAGUCUCCGUCCUGUCCGUCCUCCCCAACUUUCCACGUCCCCAAGGUGUUACCCUCGAAUGGCUUGCCGCGCAUCCAUCCCAAUCGUCCGCGGCCGUCACUGACGACGCCCGUGCCGCGCGCUAUGUCCAGCUGUUUCGCGCUGUCUACCGUCUCAGCAACUCGUCUGCGUCACUCCCGCUGCUCUCCACGCAUCUCCUCCGCACGCUCUUCAUCAACCUGGGCGACGACGCGCUCGCAUUCCUCGCCGGGGUCUGGCUUACCGCAACAGAGCACGCGAACGACGACAAGCCCGAGGCGGAAGCGCACAUUCAGUACGCUGCGCUACGGCACGCGGGCGCGUUCCUCGAGGCGCACGUUGCGACGGGCCGCACGGUCGACUUUCAGACGGUCCUGCCCGCGAUGCUCGUCGCGUUGCAGAGCCGCGACGCGAGCGUGCGCGAGGCUGCGGUGAGGUGUAUCGCUGUGGUUAUUAAGUUGACCUUCUCGAGCGAGGCGGAGAGCGUGUACGCGUUUGAUGCGGUAUAUGGAGCUGAUUCUGCUGCGCUGCAGUAUCUGGACUGGACGGACUUCCAGAGGUACAUGAAGGCAAUCGCGGACAAUAGAGAUAAUCUCGUGCACGACCCCGAGUAUCUGCAGGCGUUCCAUCGUGAGCAUCUCGAUGGGAUCAAAGGCGAAUCGAAGAGGACCGCGGCAUACAAGCAACGUGUCUUGUGCUACCUUCUCUCCCACAUCAAUUGCUGUCCCCUGCUGAGUGCCAAAAUUACACUGCUCAGAAGCGUCGACCUCGUGUCUAACGAGGCUAAGGCCCAAGUGCUCGUCCCGACAAUCGAAUUAGUAUUCGCCGAACAAGACCUACAAGAUUCCACUAAUCGCGAGCAGCUCCAAGAUCUCGCGACGUUCGCUGCAUCAACCUUUGAUGCUUCAUCUGUCGGUGAUCUGAAUAAUACGGAGAAGCCCACUUGGGCGUUGUAUGAGAGGAUAUUAACGCGCACUUUGAGGAAUGGAGUCUGGGAGCGCGCCAGAGCAGCCUUGCUACAUCGUCUCCAGCGUGGUCUGUUUGCGAAGCUGAAUGUCGACCGCAAGACCCAGCUUUGCCGCACACUGAUUCAAGUUACUGCGGAAGACGAUUCCCUGGCUUCUGUAUGCAAGAAUGUGCUCGCCGACCUCCUAGACGACGUGACUCUUGUCACUCGCCUGCUUGUAUUGCUCCAGCCACAGUACAACGUCGAUUCCACAGUAGAACCCGUAAGCAAGCGUCCUAGGGUCGAGAAGACGGUUUCUGCCGGAUACCAUGAGGAGUUGUCUGCACUUGCAGUCCUGGUAGAGGUUAUUGGCUCCUCAAAGAUCACAGGUUCCUUUGAGCUUGUGUCAUCCUUGCUGGACACAUUGAACAAGGUCGCGAACAACUCGUCGCCUGAUGCUGCAGAUAGACGCUUUGUGGAGCAGCUCCUCAUGGCCGCCAUCGAGCAUGUCGUGCGGACUUUCCCAACGUCCGCGACUGUGGCCCCAGGAUCCAUCCGGGUAGACACCCUCGUUGAGAUCUUACGCACGUCGGAGGAUCCGCAGACCUUUCACCAGGCUUGUUUGCUCAUGGCCACUCUGGCCCGUAUUGCUCCUGAUGCUGUUCUUCACAACGUCAUGCCGAUAUUCACGUUUAUGGGCUCAAUUGUGUUCCACCGCGACGAUACCUAUAGUUUCCGCGUCGUGCAAAAGACGAUCGAAAGUAUCGUCCCAGUCAUGGUGUCGUCGCUCAGGGCACAACACGGAUCCGGAACGAGCUUAUAUCUAGCUGCCAGGGAGUUCCUGCGUAUUUUCACCAACGCUGCGAAUCAUGUACCUCGCCACCGCCGUGUCAACUUUUUCUCUCAUCUGGUCGAUACUCUUGGACCUGCUGACUUCCUCUCACCUUCAACGAUGCUUCUUGUCGACCGAGUCUCGACCCGAGUUGUACGGCAAAACACUACGGAGUCAAGCGGAUCGCUGUAUCUCCCUCUUGCAGUCCACGAGAAAUACUCCGCCGAGUUACAAUUAGCCUCACUUGUGCAACUGGCGAACGAAGUUCACAGGCUAGUGCUCAACGAGGAUCCUACAGUGCACCCUUUGCUCGAGGACACUUCGGACGACGAGCAAGCUCAUGCCGACCAGGCCGCGAACAGACGAGCCACUGCCUUGCUAAUCUUCUGUGACCAUGCGCUGGGACGCCUUCGGAAAACCUCCCUUAGACACUCCGAGAAGGAGCGGAAAACCGGUCAGGAGCUUCUGUCAUUGUUGCUGAACGCCUCCACUGCCAAGCCGGAAGAUGCUGCCUACGUCGAAAUCGCUUCAGCCGCCCGUUCUGCGAUGGCAAGUACGCUCGGUGUGAUGUCGGCGCCUGAUUUCAUUGCUGGUGUUCUCACCGUACUCGAGUCUGGAUCUGUCUACGCUCAAACUGGCGCUUUCGAGCUGCUGGGAGAGCGAUUGAACGAAGUAGCAGAGGAAGCGCGUCGUGCCCUUACCCCAUCUAUCAUACAAAUCGUGGAUACCAUUCGACACAUCUUAUCCACUACCGAAGAAGUAUCUCUCAUUCGAUCGGCACUGCGUGCCCUCGGCACUAUCAGCAACACGCUUGCUUCUGGAGAGGAGGGUUGCAUCUCCACCAAUGUUCCAUUCGUCCUUGGAUGUCUCUCGCGCCAGGAAAGCCGUAUCAGUGCAUUGCAGACACUGCUCGCCUUCUCCUCGAAGUUAGGUCCCCGCGCUAUUCCUCAUCUUAAGGACAUAGUGACAGAGUGUGUACGGCGUUCCCGAGAAGCAAUCUCUAGCAGACAUGACCCUGCGCUUAUCUCGCUGGCGUCGAAUGUUCUUCGCAACCUCCUGACAUCGAUCCCUACAUUUUGGGGUGAAUCUGAAGUCCUUCAAGUCAUCGAGCUCUUCCUAGAUGGCUCCCAAUCACCUACAACAGUGGACGCCUCUGAGAUGUCCUUGUUGGUUAAGACCGCUGCGAAGCGGACAUCUCCAAACAUCUUGCUACCUGCUCUGUGCAACAUGUGGACACGGACAUUGUCUGAAACAGCCAAGGACCAGACCACAAAAGUGCUCGCAUAUAUUCAGGUUGUCAAGCUGUCCAUUAAGGCAGCCUCCCGACCAGCAGUCUUGGAGAAUCUCCGUGAAUUGUUCAAGACGUUCCUAUCGAUGUUUAACUUCUCUGUCACCUCUGGGCAUUCUGAGAUCGAGGGCCCCUUGACGAACGCUUUUGUUGAGAUGGUUGUCAAGUUGAAUGAGACAGCUUUCCGUCCCAUAUUUCGGAAAAUGUUCGACUGGGCCUUCGCAGAUCCUUCAACUCAAGCUGACAACCGCAAGGUCGUAUUCUGCCACGUGUACUUGACACUUCUCGACUACUUCAAGGCCUUAAUGGUAUCCUACAUGUCCUUCGCGUGGCAAAUCUUCCUGGAGCACCUGCGUGCCUUCGCAUCUAACGGCGUCGACGAUGGGGAAGUCUGGCUCUCCGUUUUGCAGACCGUGUCCAAGUCAAUGGCGGUCGACGAAGACAGAGUGUUCUGGCGUAGUGACAAGCUACGGCAAUUGCAGCCCCUUGUCGUCCAGCAGGUUCCUCUCGCUGUUUGCGUGAAUGUUGCAGACCGGAAGACUGCUGUCUCUGAUUGUCUCAUCGCGUUGUUAUCUCUCAUCGACGACGAUAUCAUGUCGAAGUCUCUCAAUCUCGACGUCCUCAUGCAUAGCAGGUCGGAGGAUGCACGAGUGCGAUUGUUCAGUCUUUCUUGCGCGGAGUCGUUAUGGCGCGCCCAUGGAGACAAACUGUUAGGUUUCGUUGCAGAGACUGCUACCUUCAUCGCGGAAGCAGCUGAGGAUGAGAACGAUCGUGUGGUUCAGGAGGCACACCGGCUCAAAGCAGCUGUAGAAGCCGUUGGGGGCAGCAUCGACGCUUCGUAA